CUCCAACUUUCAGAACUUCAAAGUUCAAACUCUCAAAAAUCCCCGAAACCCUAUUUCACCUGUACACAAUCUCACCUGCGCAUUAGAUGCAAUCUACGGGAAAAACUUGUGUUUCACUUGAUCUCAUGCUAUUCUAUUGGAUCUGUGUUUGUUUGUGCUUUGAUCUGGUUCAUUUUUAAGUAACACAUCGAUUUCAUUGUAUCUGAGACGUUGAUUUUAGAGGACGAGCUUCAUUGGAAUUGAUGGAGGCGAUCGAGGAACUGUCGCAGCUCUCCGAUUCGAUGCGGCAGGCGUCGGCGCUGCUUGCCGACGAAGAUGUAGAUGAGACAUCAUCAUCUGCUACCUCUAGACGCACCUCCACUUUCCUCAAUGUUGUUGCUCUUGGGAACACUGGUGCAGGUAAGUCUGCUGUAUUGAAUAGUCUAAUUGGGCAUCCUGCGUUGCCAACUGGUGAAGGUGGCGCUACACGUGCUCCAAUAGUUAUUGACUUAACAAGGGAUGAUUCCCUAAGCAGCAAGUCCAUUGUUUUGCAGAUUGAUAGUAAAUCUCAACAAGUUUCUGCAAGUGCUCUUCGGCAUUCAUUACAGGACAGAUUGAGUAAAAUUUCAGGCAAAAGUCGAGAUGAGAUAUAUUUGAAGCUUCGAACAAGUACAGCUCCACCAUUGAAAUUGAUAGAUUUGCCUGGAGUGGAUAAGGGGAAUCUCGAUGAUUCAUUGAGUCAAUAUGCUGAACGCAGUGAUGCAAUAUUAUUGGUUGUCAUACCUGCUUCCCAGGCCCCAGAAGUGGCCUCUGCAAAAGCUAUCAGGAUCGCAAAGGAGCUUGAUGGGGAAUGUACAAGAACUGUUGGAAUUAUUAGCAAGAUAGAUCAAGCAUCUUCAGAACCGAAAGUCCUUGCUGCAGUGCAGGCUCUUUUACUGAAUCAAGGACCCCGAAGCGCAGCUGACAUCCCAUGGGUUGCUCUGAUUGGUCAAUCUGUCUCUAUAGCAUCUGCGCAAUCAGGGACUGUUGGCACUGAUAGUUCUUUAGAAACUGCAUGGCGAGCGGAGAGUGAAAGUUUGAAAUCUAUCCUGACAGGAGCCCCUCAAAGCAAGCUAGGGAGAUUAGCCUUGGUGGAGACCUUGGCUCAACAGAUCCGAAGUCGUAUGAGAGUCAGGCUUCCAACUCUCCUGUCUGGGCUUCAGAGUAAGUCCCAAAUUGUACAGGAUGAACUAGUGAAACUUGGUGAGACGAUGGUUCACAGCGCUGAGGGUACAAGAGCUUUAGCUUUGGAGCUUUGUCGUGAUUUUGAGGACAAGUUCCUCCAGCAUAUCACUACUGGAGAGGGUGGUGGAUGGAAAGUUGUUGCUAGUUUUGAAGGCAAUUUCCCCAAUAGAAUCAAGCAACUACCUUUAGAUAGGCAUUUUGAUCUCAAUAACGUGAAGAGAAUUGUGCUCGAAGCAGAUGGUUAUCAACCUUACCUUAUCUCUCCUGAGAAGGGGCUGAGGUCUUUAAUUAAAGGUGUUUUAGAGCUUGCUAAAGAACCUUCACGUCUUUGUGUAGAUGAGGUGCACCGAGUGCUCGUUGAUAUUGUCUCAGCUGCUGCUAAUGCCACACCAGGCCUUGGAAGAUAUCCUCCUUUUAAGCGAGAGGUUGUAGCAAUUGCCACAACUGCCCUGGAAGGCUUCAAGAAUGAUGCCAAACACAUGGUGGUUGCACUUGUUGACAUGGAACGGGCGUUUGUUCCUCCCCAACAUUUUAUCCGGUUGGUGCAGAGGAGGAUGGAUAGACAGCGUCGUGAAGAGGAGCUAAAAGGUCGAUCUUCCAAAAAGGCACAUGAUGCUGAGCAGUCCAUACUAAAUAGGGCAACUAGUCCAAAAACCGGGGGUCAACAGAGUGGGGGGAGCUUAAAAUCAAUGAAGGAUGAAAAAUCUGGCCAACAAGAUAAGGAAAAGGAUGCGCAAGACGGACCAGCUCUGAAGACUGCUGGGGCAGAAGGGGAAAUAACAGCAGGUUUUUUAUUGAAGAAAAGCUCCGACUCUAACGAGUGGAAUAGAAGAUGGUUCGUUCUAAAUGAAAAAACUGGAAAACUUGGAUACACCAAGAAACAAGAAGAGCGACAUUUUCGUGGUGUCAUCGCUUUGGAGGAAUGUAAUCUGGAGGAUGUUUCGGAGGCUGAAGAGGCUCCAUUAAAGAGUUCAAAAGAUAAAAAGGCAAAUGGUCCUGAUGCGGGAAAAACACCCAGUCUUGUGUUCAAGAUAACUAGCAGGGUUGAAUACAAGACUGUUCUUAAAUCCCAAAGCGCUGUUGUCUUGAAGGCUGAGAAUAUGGCAGAAAAGAUUGAGUGGAUGAACAAAUUAAGAAAUGUAAUCAGUUCUAAAGGAGGUCAAGUGAAAGGUGAAUCCGGUCCUCCAAUACGACAAAGUCUUUCUGAUGGUUCUCUUGAUACCAUGGCCAGAAGACCUGCAGAUCCCGAGGAAGAACUGCGAUGGAUGGCCCAUGAAGUGCGUGGUUAUGUUGAAGCUGUGCUUAACAGUCUUGCUGCCAAUGUCCCAAAGGCAGUUGUUCUUUGCCAAGUAGAAAAGGCGAAAGAAGACAUGCUAAAUAAAUUGUACAGUUCCAUCAGUGCGCAAAGCAUGGGAAGAAUAGAAGAGCUGCUCCUGGAGGACCAGAAUGUGAAGAGCAGGAGAGAACGUCACCAGAAACAAUCCUCUCUUCUUUCCAAGCUUACUAGGCAAUUAAGUAUUCACGACAAUAGGGCAGCUGCAGCCUCCAGCUUGUCCAAUGGUGGUGGAGCAGAGAGUAGUCCAACUGCUGCUGGUCCAUCCUCAAGCGAUGACUGGAGAUCUGCAUUUGAUUCUGCUGCCAAUGGUCCUGAUUCAUAUGGGGAUUCGAGGUCCAAUGGUCACAGUCGACGGUAUAGUGACCCUGCCCAAAAUGGUGAUAUAAGCUCUGGGACAAACUCUGGCAGCCGUCGCACACCUAACCGAUUGCCACCUGCUCCUCCAUCAUCGGGCUCUAGUUAUAGAUUCUAGAAUAGAUGGAUAAUUUUGACAAUUGAUUCUUCCAAUUCUUGUCGGGUGGUUGCUUAUUUUUGAACAGUUUAUUGAGCGGCAGCUCUUGUGGAGCUCAAAUCUUGUUAUAGUAGCUCUAUAGAAUCAGUAUAGCUUUGUAGAUAAAUCAUCCCUUUGUCAGAUGUAUUGCAGUUUCUGAAUGUUGUGUAUUGGCAAAAACCUUUUAUUUAAGUUUCUGUCCUGUGUCUGGUGUGUUUUAUUUCAUUGCCACCGGAUGUAACC